CCCUCGUCUUUUCACCCAACAGUAUCGUCUCUCUGCGAAAAUGAAUUUGCACGGAUAUCCGCGUAAAAAGUAACGCGAUACUCGAUUUUCCGUAUCGGCGUUUACCACCCCCAACCGAUUUUACCAACCGAGUUUGCCAACACACGGAAUAUCGAUGAAACAGAAGGAGAGAGAGAGAGAGAUAAAGGCGAUCGCUUCGUCACGAUUCCUGCUGAAAAUGCGAGGCAUCCGCUACGCUUCGCGAAAAGAGAAAGUAAACCACAUCCUUCCUUUCUCCCGUGUUUCGAUCGUACGCGUCGAAAAUCGUACGUUUCUCUACGCCUUUGACUAAUUUUCAAACGUAACGUCUCCUCUUCCCCCUCCACGCCCGCGCUCCCCUCCCCACCCUUUCCUUAGAUCGUAAACGCGAGACGAGGCGCGACGCGUAGCAUCCUAUCUCUCUCUUUACGUAACGCUCUUUCUUGUCCAGAGCAUCGCGCGCUGUCUUGAACAGCGGUCCGUUUCCCCACCGUUUCUCUCGUCUCUCCACGGAGAAGUAAACGCUCGCGUUUCCCUACCACGUGACGACCUUCCCGACCGAUGGAUCCGCGAACAAUCCUCUUUCCUCAUCGCGACUUUUUACCGUCGGCGAAAAUUUUCACCGCCUUCUUACCUGGGACGCGUGUCCCGCUAUUAUUAGAGUCAACCCCCUGCGCGACAAUCGCGCGAUCCAUAAUUCAACGGUGGGAGGAAAAGGAGGAAGGGAGGGAGGAGGAGGAAGAAGGAAAUUUUCAAGUUCUCGGGAUCGAAGUUAUGCACGAGCGGAAACAUCGUAUCGCGCUACGCGAUUACGGUAUUUAGAUGGAAAUUAUCGAGUGAUAUCUAUAUAAUAUAACUCCCCUCCUCCCUCCCUUUCCGGUAACCCUUUCUUACGAAUCGACCGAUACCGUGGGAAAAAGUGUACGACGCGAGGAAGGAAUAUAUCGAUUCGACGAUCGCACCGUAUCCCUGUAAUUUUCAAUUUUAACGGAAACGAAGAACACCGUUUCUCCGUACGAACCGAACCUGAUUGUUUGUAUUUAGUCUCGAGCGUAUAAUAUUUGUAGCGCGGAGGACCCAUUACGCAUCGCGCAGCUCUUCUCUUCUCUUUCUAUCUCUUUCUCUCUCUCUCUCCCACGUUCACGUCCGUUCGACUUUCCCCGCGGUGUAGAGUGACACAGCUUUUAGACCGUCGGCUGGUAAACCGAACCGAUCGCUCCAAAUUCGAGCACGGUUAUUCUACACACUUUGCCUCGUUCUUUCGGCCGCCAACCGAUCUCCGCAACACAACCGACGCGAGGAACGAACGAUUCGAACGAUUCGAAUUGUCCGCAACUGCGCGCGACCCGCUCCCGUGGCAAUCCAACGAUGCGACUAAUUUGGAUGCGGCGAAGCGCGUUACCGACGCUCGUUUGUGCGUGUCACGCGAGCAUCCAAGAUCCCAACGUUUACCUGCUCGAGAAAGAUGGACGGACGAGGCACACGGGAGGAAGAGGGAUGGACGACGCCUGGCGAGAGAAAGACAACGAUAGUAACCGACCGUUGGCUCGCUUGCGAGUCGAAGUAGGAUAGAUUAAAUAGGAUCGUAUCCGUCGCCUGUGCAAAACGGAGGGCCACCAAAUGGGACGCCGAUGAAUUGCGCCGGUUCUCAAGGAGUGAUGGUAAAGCAGGAAGCGAGGGAUGACGGUUACGAGACAAGUCCGGACCUCGAGAUGAGGAGCACCGGUGGUGACAGCAGUCAGCAGUACCACACGCCGCUGACACCGCACACACCGCACACACCGCACACGCCGCACACACCCCUCACGCCGAUAUCGGCGACAGCGCAUCAACCCCAGCAACCUGCCUCCGCCGCUUCCACCCUCGGACAGGUGGCGAUCAAAUGCGAGACCCCGGUGGACCCGUACUCGUUCGUGGACGAGGAAAUGUCGAUGGGCGGCAUAAGGACGGCGAGCAGUCCGGUCGGGAAUCCCGAGAACAUGACGUGUCCAGGUGGUGGGCAAGCGGUGCUGGCUACACCUACGUCGACGCCGCCCGGCUCGCUCUCCGCGCCGCAACAUCUUCAAAUGAACCUAGGCGUGAUGAACGGCAACGUGAAUCCCCAGUUGACGGCGCACCAACCGAAAAAGAGAGGCCGCAAGAGGAAAUCCGAGAUGAUUCUCACCCCGGAAGAAGCGGAGCUAGCCGAGGCGAAGAAACGGGCAAAGACGUACAAAGAGAGGAAGAAGCACGACAGAUUCGACGGUAUGCCGGAAGAGGAAGUGAGCAAGCGCGUGCUUCCGGAUCAUCUUACCAACAAUUUGGACAUUAUCAUAAUUGGAAUCAACCCAGGACUGUUCGCCGCUUACAAGGGUCAUCACUACGCCGGACCGGGGAACCACUUCUGGAAGUGUUUACACUUGAGUGGAUUGACACCCGAACCAUUGACGGCAGAUGACGACUACAAGCUCUUACGCUUCGGUAUCGGUUUCACGAAUAUGGUGGCUCGCGCCACCAAAGGCAGUGCCGAUCUAACGAGGAAAGAAAUCAAAGAAGGCAGUCACAUCCUGUUGGAAAAAUUACGAAAAUACAAGCCGAAAAUCGCCGUGUUUAACGGUAAACUUAUAUACGAGGUAUUCUCCGGGAAGAAGGAUUUUGGAUUCGGUAGACAACCCAACCUGGUCGAGGGUACAAACACGUACAUGUGGGUGAUGCCAUCGAGUAGCGCGAGAUGCGCGCAACUUCCACGAGCGGCGGACAAGGUGCCAUAUUAUGCGGCGUUGAAAAAGUUUCGCGAUUACUUGAACGGCACCAUCUCCCAUCUGGACGAGUCGGACAUAGUGUUCGCCGACGCGAAGUUGAAGAAGAAGGAGCAGGAGGCGAUCGAGGAUAAGAAGCCCGCCUACUGCGAGGAAUUGACGAACGAUGGGGAGAGCAGGAUCGGUGACAUGAACGGGAUCAAGCACGACUCCCAGAUACCCGGGAAGAAGAAGAGGGGCAGGCCGAAGAAGAUCAAGAAUCCGGAGGAUCAGCCGCCCCCCGAUCCCGAAAAAUUAGACGCGAACGGGGAGGUGAUAAAGAAGCGGCGAGGAAGGCCGAAGAAGAUCCACCAACAGCAGAAGCAACAGGAGCGGGAGAUGAGGGAGAGGGAGCACCAGCACCAGCAACAACAUCAGCAACAGCAUCCGGGGAUGGGCCAUCUAGGGGACGGUUACGGGGGCGUGGUGCCCAACUGUUUCUCGCCGCCGAAGACGUUCGCGCACAUGGCCCCGUAUCCCCAACCGAUCAACGAUUCGGGUUAUUACGGGCAAGGAUUGACGGACAGCCCGUACAGUAUAAACGCGAAACAGAGCCCGGUACACUUGCAACACUACAGCCAAAGCCCGAAGUCGAUGUCGCUCUCGUUCACUCAUUCCGACUUAUCCUCGGAGAUAAACACGGCCAUUUCCUCGGAGAACAACUUGGAACCGUCGCCGUUGACGUCGCCGAGCGUGGAACACCCAGACUUCGAGCCACCGACGAGUAUAUCGCAACAAAACAUGAGCAACGAUCAUCGCCAGUACAAUCCGGCCGGGAAUCCCGAGAACACGGGGCACCACGGCAGCCCCGGGACACCGUCCCACCCGAGUUACACGAGUUACAUGGGUUACCACGAGCAAACGUCCGAGCCCCACAAUCCCCAUCCCCACCAAACGACGCCGACACCGUUGAGCCAAACCACCGACGAACACUCGCACCACUCCCACCCGACGCCCCCCCACACGCAUCCCCACACGCCGACCCACGCCUCCAUGUCGCCGCACCAUCACCCGCACGAACAGUACGCGGCCAUGAAGAGGAGCGGGGGGGGCCAGGACGUCGCGUCGAAAAGUUUAAGCGAUCUCGAAUCUCUAGUCGAUCAGAUACCGAGCAUAGCCGAUGGUGGUAGCCAACGCCUGCAACACUCCCAUCCGGGGAUGGGUUCGGACGACGGAUCCCUCGCGGAGAAAAUGGAAGCCCAUCACCAGUCUUAUCUGUCCGGAUUCUCGGCCAUGCCGAACGCCGGCAUGUCCAAUUACAGCCCACCUUUGGCGCCUAGUGGUGCCAUCUAUCCAACUUCGUUGCAUCACUCGCCCAACGACGGUUACGGUUCCCUCUACGGCAUGAACGGACGUCAACAUCAAGACUCGCAACAACAACAACAACAGCAGCAGCAACAGCAACAUCAACAGCAGCAGCAGCAACAACAACAACAGCAACAGCAGCAGCAGCAACAACAGCAGCAGCAUAGCAAAUCUUACACGGUGGAAAAUCUAGCGUCUAGCAAUUACACGCCGAGCAUGAGCCACGGGCAUCCCGGUAAUUCGUAUCCGAAUAUUAUUCCUGGACCUCAUUAUCCCGUGCCAAUGGGAUCGACGAACGGGUAUCUUUUCGGUGGCCUUGAGUCAAGCUUGAUGCAACGAACCUACGGGAUGAGCGGUAUGAGCGGUAUGGGGGGAAUGCAUCCAUCCCUCGGUCAUAUGGCCAAUCCUUAUUCCUACAAUGGUUCGUACUCUAGUUCCUUCGACGCCUAUCCGGCCCCACCGGCCGGGAUUCACGCGCCCAGCGCCAAUUAUCCCGGCGGUUACACGAGCGUUGGUAGCACAACGCCAGGUACUUCGCCAGGCACGACGCCGCCAUCUUACCUCCCUUCCCAUCACAGACCGUCGGUCGACCUCGCUUACGAUGGUGUAUGAUAAUCGAUGUAAAACUAUUCCACGUACAAACGCGCACGCUCACACAUACACAGAGACACACGGACAUACAGAUACAUACAGAGGACACAUACGCAUAGACACGUAUACACGCAUACGUACAUGCAAACAUAGAACGUGCAUAGACACGCGCUUAACGCUGCUCACGCUCUCACUUCAUCCGUACUGCGCGUACCUGCUCGCGCGCGCGUGUCAAUCCAUAAGAUCGGGCACACAAAGGUAUGCACAGGCAACAGACGGAGAGACGGACGGACGGACAAACGGACGGGCAACAAGCAAACGAUUCGAGCGCUACGUUUAUCUUUUCUACGUAUUUUUACACAGUUUAGGAUCCGCCGGAACAAUCGCCCCCUGGCGUGACUUGAUACUGCGAUUUGCGCGCGCGUUUUCUCUUCCCAAUCCUUCCUUCUUUCGCCCGUUAACCUCUCUCUUUCUAUCCUUUCCAACUCCCCGACCAAUCGCGCUCCUUUUUUCACUUCUCGAUCCGCCCUUUCGAUUUUCUCCCUCCAACCUCUCUUUACAACCACGGCUCGAUUAACUGUUAACCUAAAAGUACCUAUAUGCCGCGAGUAGCAACGAGCGCACGGUUCGAAAUUGCGGUUGAAAAGUGUGAAAGGGAAAGAAGAAGGGG